CCCUGAGACGUUUGUAGAUAUUUUUAGUUGUCUGGCUGUCUGGCGAGAUCUUGCAAGCUUUUCAAAGUUUCUAAGCUUCGUGUUUGAUAAAAGAAUUUAUGAAAUAAGGUGCAAGAAUCAUUGCUUUCAUGCAUAGGUGUUAAUUAUUCAAGAAAUCUAUGAAAUUUUUAAAAAACUGCAAAAGCCUGUUGCUAUAGCGACAGCUAUCAAGUUAAAUGUGAUUGUAUUUUGUUCGCAAAAUAAUUGUUGAAUUAUGCCUUCUGCGGUCAAUGAUAGCAAGAAACCUUGUGUGUUACUCUGGCAUGAUCUUGAUGUUCAUCAUUUGCAUACCCUGAAGGAAAGUACAGACAAAUUAGGGACCUUGGCAGAGAUAUUCUGUUUAAAAAGUUAUAAAGAUGACUUAAAGUCAGCCAUAUUGCUUGAUUUAUAUUUUUACACUCUUCAGUUUGCGGAAAAGAAAGGUUUUAGUGAUGAACAGACUUCAGGAUUCCUCUCCAUCAUCAAAAGUGUGCAUGAGAAAGCAGUAGAUACUCCAUAUGGCAAUGUGGAUGAUACUUAUCAAUAUUUCAAAGAAUUGUUGCUUUGCCACAGUGUUAAGAGACCACCAUUCAGUAUCCAACUCUUCACCGCUGAUCAAGUUCAGAUGAUCACUGAUUACACAGUAAACACAUAUUUUAAGCAUUUUAAAUUGUAUAAAUACGCGUUUACGCCCAAGGUGAGGCUUGAUUUGACGUUUGAAUACAUGAACAUGCCAGAAACUCCGGUACCAAAGGAAGACGAGGAAGAAGACAAAAUUGAAGAAAAGCAUGAAGAUGUUGAAGAUGAACUAAAUCAAACUGCAGAAAACCAAAGUACUGAAGAAGACUCUCCAGCGGUGAAAGAACUGAAAAAUUACAUCAGUGCCACCUUAACAGAACAAGUUAACCAGCUACGAUUAAACGUUGAUGAGCAGAUUAAAGCCAGCAAUGAAACUCUGUCACAGAAACUGGGUUUUUCUUUUGGAGGAGAAAAAGAAGUUACGAAGAGUCCGAAAAUGAACAAGAAAAAAGGAAAAUGACAGUUUAACGUAUUUUUAUUUAUU